AUGCCUCCAGAAUUCAGCCAACUAACAAUACUUUACUCAUCUACCGCCAACAAGAACAGUGCUGGGACGACGACAACAGCACUGUAUGCCCUCUUUUCUGCCCCCACCACCUUGGAGGCCUCCUCCGGACAAGAAGAUAUAUCGCUAUUUUGGGAAAUUAGUUAUUAA